CUGGGUUUUGGAGUGUUGACGAACUUCUCGAUCGUAGCUCAACCGGACAGUGCUUUGCUCUCCAGCGUGGAAGACAUCUUGCUGACCACUCACAAGACGGAUCAGGAUCUCGCGCAAACGCCUGGAAGACAUCUUGCUGAACAUUUACAUGACGGAUCAGGAUCUCGGGCAAACGCUUAAACGAUAUCUUGCUGAACAUUUACAAGACGGAUUGGGACCUCGGGCAAACGCAGACAACUGUCCAAAAAGGCAACAGGAUCUGGGUUUCUGAACACAGGAAUAACUUUUUGCAGCAUGGGAAAACUUUGAACACAGAUCCAGUUUGUUAUGAUGGCAGGACCUAGUAAUGACAAGUGCAGCAGCUCAGUGGUUUGCAGUGAAGACCCUCCACCUCUGAGUAUUACACUGAAGAAGACAAGAGAUCUGCCUAGGAAGACGACAGAUUGGAGCAUAGACCAUCUUCCAGUUGACAUUCUGCUUUUGACUGUGGAGGAUUGCGAGUUCUUGGCUUGUUAUUAUUACUUGAGAAAUCCCUUUAAAAGCUAUGAGAAAUCCAUUGGAUUUGUGUACUUUGGAAAGAUGGGUGAAGAUGAAGAUGAAGGUGGGUCCGUGAAAGUUGCCAUAGUGAGGUGUCCUAAAGAAUCUUCAGAUCCUGGAGGUUCUCAAACUGCCACUAAAAAUGCUGUCACACUCCUGAAACCCAAGGCUACCUUUUUGGUUGGUUUUUGCUACAGUCUGAAUCUUAAUAAAGCCCAGCUAGGAGAUGUGGUGAUAUCUUCAAAGCUUACAACAGAUUUUCACAAAACCCCAGUGAGUAGGGAUGUUGGUAACCUUGUCAGAAGUGCAGCUGAUGGAUGGGAGGCACCAUUAGAAAACCCAGAAGCACGAGAAGUCAAAGUACAUAGUGAUGGAGAGAUUUUUAGUUGCUCUAAUUUGAUUGAUACUGAACAGCAGUGUCAAUCACACCCUGGGGCAAUUGCAGUUGAUAUGGAAGGAAAAGGCCUGUUUGCAGUAGCUCAUGACAUGAAGGUGGAGUGGAUUGUUGUUAAAGGUGUUUGUGGUUUGGUACAGGGUGUUGCAUCAACAAACAAUUCAUGGAAGACUUUUGCUUGUGUUAUGGCAGCUUCUGUUGUAUCCAACAUGUUGAGUAAUUCUUUUGUGUUUAAAGACUGGCCCCAUUACGGAGCUUUGGUUAAGUCUUCCAAGAGAUCUUGUAACUCGUAUCAAGAAAAGUGGCGCAACAUUGUUAACAACAGGCUUUGCUAUACAAGAGAAAAGUGA